AGUUUCGACGCUUAUCCGAAUGGCACACAUGCAGAAAAAUGACACAUCUCAAGAGCCUUCACACACACCCUGUGACCAAGCGCCCCCAACGACAACAUACUGGACAGAGUGGUACUCGGCCUCAAACGACGUCGGAUCAGACGAGCAAGACUUUAGACAUCUUUGUAAUCACACCAUAAUAACACAAUGUAGGGAGAAAUACACCCAUCGUAGUCUUGAUGAUACAGACCCUACUCCUGAUGUGACAUGCAAUGAUGGCAUUUUAGUUUGCGAUCAAUCGUGCAAGGACGUGGAAGUGAGACUACUCUGUAAAAUAAUAGACACAGUGACUGUUCCCGAGCCCGACCUUCACUGGUCAUUGAGUGAGAUCGACGGCGGUGAGGGCACCCUUGGGGCUAUCGGCCCCUGGACCUGCAAAGAUACGGUUGAACGAGUCAAACCAAUAAAUGGGUCGAUGGUGGGCGAGGUGGUGCAAGGCAAAUCGUUGAGGCAAGUAAAUGGCCCGCCAUCUCACGACAAACUCUGCGCAGUUCGAGCCACGGUCCCUGAGAAGUUGGCGUUUAAGCCAUAUCUCAACAACUGCUUGACCAACCCAGAAUGCUGCGAUUCCCAUCACAGCAUCUCCGUCAUGUUCUGGUUUAGUAUGAAGGGGAACGAAACUCGGCCUCAGUUAUCUCCCCUCCACGUGUUUCGGUCCCCGUCCCUGGUCGGCUCGGUACAGAACGGUAACUUCAUCGUGACGUACUUGCGAGGGAAUACCGAGUGGGCUGUCAAUGAGACGCUACUGCACAGCGGAUGGACCCAUGUCACCAUAACAUUUGACCUCCUGAGCAACCUUACAGUUUACUUCAAUGGUGCCGCAGUGGCUGAAGUAAUCCCGACGCCAUCUUCGACACAAUUCGAUGAUGUCAUAAAAGGUUUCCAGACGGACAACACGUCCUUCUGGGUUCUCUCUUCAGAAGACAAUGUGACGUCAUCAGAUAUUCCUCAAAUAGCAAUGACAGAUUUGAAGGUAUUUUACUCGGCCUUGUCUGCAUCCCAAACUCAUGACAUCUUCCGAAGUGAACAUGAAGAUGCUUCGCCCCGGGUCCUGCGAAUGGCAGCGAGGAAGUUUACCUUCAUGGAUUCCGUGGAAACAGACGUACAGGUUACCCACAUCAAGCUGUCUUGCCUGAUUCGGGGACCACCCGACGUCAGUGUCCGGUUCAUGUACGAAAGCGACCACGGGUAUUUUGCCGAGGUUACCUCGCACGAGUUCUAUAUGCUUUCGUUCACCAAAGAAGAUAAUGAUUUCCGCGUGAUAGCCGUCUUACAUAUUUACGGCAAAAAGGACGGUAAUACUGGAUACCUCUCUUCCCGGUUCACCUGCGAAGUGGUAUCCAAUAAUCGUCUCAGCGCCUACGGAUAUCCGGUUAUAGAAACACCCGCUCCAACCGAUCUGGAUGACAACAACACGUACUAUUGGACUAGAUUUUUCAACGUCGACACUGAUAUGAUUAUUGGAGACGAAGUUGAGACAAUCGAAGCGCAUCGUGAUUUGGCUGAGAACCACGAAGAAUACGACCUCUGCAGCAAUCCAAUAUACGCCGAAUGCAGGGCAUUACGUUUCUCCCUUUCUUAUCAACCGUGGUAUGAAUCAUCGGAUGCAUUUGUACCGGAUUCGGAUUAUCCGUGUAAUGGUAAAGGUAUCCGCUGCUCCAGAGGAUAUUUCAGUCCGAACGUGCAAGAGUGUCCAGAUCUCAAGGUCCGCUAUGUAUGUCCCGUUGUCGAAUCUCAUGCAGAUGAAGUGCCACCUUCUAGUACCAGCACGACUGGUACUGGUACUCCCAGCAAUAAUGCAAACAAGAACACGGAUGGUAGCCAGACCACAACCCGGGGUGGCGGUGUCGGAAAGGUUACUGACGUCCAAGCUACGGCCUCGUCCUCGACAACUAAUAAUGAUGUCGAUGGCGAGAAAGACCAGCGUAGUGACGGCGUUACCACAAGCGGAAUGGGUCAUGACGCUACGACGAGCUCGGAUGGAAGUAGUGUUGCUUCAACUACUGGAAGCACAUCCUCGUCGGCCAGCACGAGUAUCUCUUCCACUCGUCUCAGGGAGACGUCAUCGGGCACCAUACUCAACACCAGGGACCCCGAUGACACUACCGUUAGCAGUGGCAAGCAAUUCCAAGAUACCAGUACCAGCACGCCAUCGGAAAGUGUUAGCACUACACCCGACGUCACACAAACUAACCGUGUCGAUACGGAGUCAUCACCGGAUGAAACCAGUCAACCUGUUGUUAAAGAAACCACGGUUGACAUCGAUCCGAGUAGCACUGAUUCUAACACCGAAGAGACUUCAACCAAUACCGAUCAGGGCGACAGUUCUACCAACGGUACCCAAGGCAACAAGGAUUCGGACAAAUCAACAGGAUACAGGAAAACAUUAUCUAAAGACAAUAAACUUUUCUUGUACCCCGUGAUGAUCUUGGCGCUUGGGAUCGGAAUACCAACCAUCACGGCUUGCUAUUAUCUCCUCCGAAAGCAAACUCCCGAAGAGAUAGAGGAGAAGAGACUUAUUGAGGAAAGGAAGCAAAGACUCGCUAAUGAACAAAAAUCGGCCAGACCAUAGACAAAAAGGAAAUUUUAAAUUCAUAUUUGAGGUCACCUACUUGAAAAAUCUUGCCAAGUUUGUCUCUUGAAUUAGAGUUAAGCAUGCAGGAGCUAUAAGCGCUUGUCAAUGAUUUUUGUUUACAGAAAUAUAAACAACAGAAAUAAUCUGACCUAUCAACUUCAAAGUAGAGAUGAAUUUUUAAAACUCAAUUGGUGAAUAAAAACAAUAUAUUCUGCUGGCUCUUCGAAUGAAAUUUGAACUCAUAAAUUUCAGGUGUGGGCGCAUAAAAAAGAUAUAAAACAAGGUCCUCAAGAGGGUGGACUGGCCAUGCGCCACCUGAAGUCGUGAUGUAAUGUUCGUUGAUUAAAUUUGCCCAACGUUCAUUUCCUUGUAAUUGUGUAAAUGUAUUCUAUAAAAUUUGUUAUGGAAACUUCUGCAUAUAUUUUUAUUUUACUAAUGUGUUAUUUGUUUGCAGUUUGUAAGAAGUGAAAAAAUAUGGAGUAAAAUUGAGAAAUAUAAUAAGAAGGAAUCGAUUAAGUCAUAAUUAGGGUUGUCAGGUUACAACCAGGUUUCAAGAAGUGUCUUACUUGAACAACGAGUAGAAUUUCAGUUCUAGAGCUCAAAGAUCAAACAAAUAACGUGAGUAAGCUACCAGUAAAAACUGCCACUAUAAUGUUAUCUAAAGUCAAUGAAAAUGUUGUUUUUUUGCAUUUGCCAUAAGAUGAUAGAAAAAGAAAAUCAAAGAAUGUCUGAUCGUCAAAAGGAGUUCGCAAAAAUAGCAAGUAUAGCCAUUUCUUAUUCAAGGUUUUAACGUAGCCAAAAAGAGAAGAUCAGAAAAGGAAAAAAAUAUAUAUAAAUGUUCCAGUAUUCCUUAUUUUUUACCUGUUAUCCUAAACUUGGAAGAGGGCAGGGAGCAAAACGUUAGCAAUGAAUCAACUAUGUAUAUAAUCACUUAGAAGUCAUGUUCAAUUGUAAAUAUGAAUAUUGAUCUUUAGAAUUCUGUUUAAUCACUAUCCGAUGCAAUAAUGAAUUUCAAGUGCACUUUGUCAGCUGUCCCGUCCAGUCUGGUUGUUAAGCUUGACAUUUGUCAAAAAAAAUUCUGUAUGUGAAUUUGCAAAUUGAAAUAGGUUAUAUUGGUAAAGGAGGACCUGAGCUAGGUGCGACACUAUAAGGGAGGGGUGAUUUUCACUUAGUGAAAUAUAAAAGAAGAUAUGAGUAUGGUUAAGGUAAAGAAUGAAAAUGGUAUUAAAAGAAAGAAUUGUAUUAAAGAAUGAUAUAGCUCUUGUAAGUUAUUGAUUAUUAACCCGUAUUCUUCAAUUGAGAGAAAAAAUGAUGUCACUCGUCUAGAUCUUUAACGCAUCUUCUUUCGAUGUCCACGGACCUCCGAAUAUUGAACGAAUCUCGCAAUACGCGAAGAAAGGGAAAAUGGGCCGAGAUGAAUAAAAAAAAUCCUUCUUUGUUUUGUUUCGUUUGCUUUUUUUUUUUUUUGGGGGGGGGGUUGCAAGAGUUGCAAUUAAACCCAUAUUUAUUUUCAACCAAUGAGAAGCUAACAUUUAGGAUGUAAGUGUUACGUUUUCUCAGUUGCAUUUAACCGAAACUCUUUUUACAUGUCAUAGAGUACCGAAGUGUGACGUCAGUUGCCAUGGUGUCAUAGCGGGCUGGUUCUAAACAGAGUCGCGGCUGACGAUCGUCUGUACGUCAUGCAAAUAACUCUGGCUCGGCAUCUGAAUAAAUAAGUUGCAAGCGAUCAAAUUCCGAUUGCAGCCAUUUUCUCCUCUGAGAAACACACGCUUUCAUUUGUUUAGAACAAGGCCGCCAUGACACCAUGGCAACUGACGUCAUCGAUUCGGUACUCUAUAGCCACACAUCCCCUUAGCUUUGCGCAUGCGCAGGUCAAGUACUAUCUGGAACCAUUCUUUCUCCGAUCUAUUUUCGACCCUUUUGUUUGUGAAAGUUCCCCGCUGUAUUUGUGAAGAGCUCCCUUAUGACGAUAACGGUUACCACUAAAACAAUGGAUGCAGUUAGAGUAUCGAUUGGUACAAAAUUCAUCAGAAAAAAAUAUUUCUACUCUUAGCACAACGAUAAUAAGAUUUAUAAUAAUCUAGAAACGUAGUGUGAUAUAUGAUUCAUUGGUAUAUAUUCAAAAGUUUUAUUAAUUCACUACGUAUAUAAAAAAAAAACUAACAUAAACUUAUCUGAGGAAAUAGCAACGGAAAGCAAUGCAAUGGAUGUAUCCAUGACGAAUACUAAAAACAAUAAUGAUC